UUCAGAUUCAAAAUCCUCCCAUUUGCAUUUAGUUUGAGAGGCAAACCAAUCAAAAUGUAGGAUGUUAUAUAAUCUUUCUUAUUAUUCUGUUAUAUUAUCUCUAUAAUUUAUGUUUUAAAUUUUAUAAAGAUACUAAAAUAAAUGGCAAAGAAAAGAGAACCCUCUCAAAAUCAACCUCCCUGCUUUAGAUCCAAAUCAAUGGAGGACGAUAAAGAAAACCUAUGUGCUGAUGGUGCCAUGAGAUUCAAUAUAACUUCUUAUCCUAAAGAAGCGUUUGAGGUUAUGUGUCUUAUGCGGCAGCACCAAAAGCUGUGUGACGUUGAGAUUCGUGUUUGUAAUGAAAUUUUUCAUGCUCACAAGAUUGUGUUAGUGUCUGCUAGUCCAUACUUUAAGGCUAUGUUCACGAGUGGUUUAAAAGAGUCUGAAAUGUCAGUUAUUAAUAUCCAAGGUGUUUGUCCAAUGAGUAUGGCUAUUAUAAUUCAUUUUGCUUACACUGGGCAAGUUAAAAUUGAGGAAAAUAAUGUGUGCAAUCUACUUCCUGCUGCAACUAUGUUUCAAGUGCCUCACAUUAUAAAUGCUUGCUGCACAUUUUUGGAAAAACAGCUGGAUCCUAGUAACUGCAUUGGAAUAGCUGAUUUUGCUCUGCAACAUGGAUGUAAUAAUUUGUAUUCUGUAGCUAAUCAAUUUAUAGAUCACCAUUUUUCUCAGGUUUCCCAGGGGGAUGAAUUUUUGGCUUUAAAUGUUUGCCAAAUGAUCUUGCUUAUAAAAAGAGAUGAACUGAAUGUACGUAGUGAGAUGGAAGUAUUCAAUGCUGUUCUUCGCUGGGUGAGGCAUGAUAAAGCUAGAAGAUGCCCAAAAUUACCAGAUAUCUUAAAUGCUGUUAGGUGUCAUUUCUUGACACCGAGGUUCCUUAAAGAGCAGAUACAAAAAUGUGAAAUUUUAAAAAAUGAGCCUCAGUGUUGUGAUUACCUUAGUCGUAUAAUUCAGGAUUUAACAUCGCGUCGAAAAUAUAGUUGCAAUCAACGUACUCCAAAAGUUCCAUAUGUGAUAUACACUACUGGUGGUUAUUUGCAGCAUUCCUUAAGUAAUAUGGAAUGCUACAAUGCGCAUGAGAAACAGUGGUUCUCAUUGGCAGAUCUUCCUACUCCUCGGAGUGGGCUCGGAGGAGCUUUCAUUGAUGGCAAAUUCUAUGCUGUUGGGGGUCGAAAUAACUGUCUCGAUGGAAAUCAAGACUCAGAUGGUGUAGAUUGUUAUGAUCCUAUUACAAAUAAAUGGAAAUCGUGUUGUAAGAUGACUGUUGCAAGGAAUCGAGUUGGAGUUGGUGUGUUAGAUGGUUUACUGUAUGCUGUAGGUGGAUCAAAAGCCACUACUCAUCAUAACUCUGUGGAAAGAUAUGAUCCAUCUGAGGAUAAAUGGUUUAAAGUCCAGAAUAUGUUAACUGCAAGAAUCGGCGUGGGUGUUGCUGUAGUUAAAAGACUCUUGUAUGCAGUGGGUGGUUAUGAUGGAAACAGUAGGUUGAAUACUGUUGAGUGUUAUCAUCCGGAAAAGGACUCGUGGACACCAGUCGCGAGCAUGAAUACAAAUCGAAGUGGUGCAGGAGUUGUAGCCUUAGAUCAUUAUAUUUAUGCUGUUGGUGGCUAUGAUGGUGCUCUUCAACUAAAGUCAGUAGAAAAAUAUGACACUGAAUCUAAUGAAUGGGUCUAUGUAUCUUCUAUGUCUUCACCUCGCAGUGCAUUAAGUGUAGCUGUAUUAGAUGGAAAAAUAUAUGCCUUAGGAGGAUAUGAUGGAAGUAACUUUUUAAAUACAGUUGAGGUGUAUGAUCCUGAAAAAGAUCUGUGGGAAGCAGCCCCAGAUAUGUCUUGUGGUCGAAGUGGUCAAGCUUCUGCUGUAUGGAGAGCUCCAUGCUUAGCCCAUGGAAUAUCCUAGCAGUCAAAUGGCAUUUGAUUAAAAGGUCUUUUUUAAGAUAUUAAUGACAGUAGAGUUGAAUAAGUUAUAAUCGAAC